GAUACUUUCUUAAACAUUUUCUUGAGCGAAUGAACCGAUAUAUGUUUUAUGUCGUAGCUAGCACACACGAGUUUUUAAAAAAAACAUGCGUAGCACGGCGUUUGUACCAAAUGCACACUUCCGGAAUCACGGUUCUUUUCCGCAGCGAAGAGUUUAUCUGGCUAGUUAGCACUUUAGCAUGCUAAGCCAGCAGUUUCCUCCUCCAUCAGCGCACUCUUGAGUCUGUCUGCCCGCAGACGGAAUAACCUUUGAAUAGCGAACUGCAUGAUCGCAGAAAGACGUAAACGUGUAAACGACUGGUUAAGACAUAAUAUAAUGUGAGGUUAAAUUGAUAUUUUAGAGAAUUCAGUUAGCAUAGCUCAACCACUUGCAAGCAUCUGACGUUUAGCCCGUUAGCGUUAGCCGCUGGUUUCAGCUUGCAGCUUUAACUAAACUGUAUGUUGCUUUUAUAUAAGCUUAAAACACCGCUUUCUUUUCUCCAACCACGAAUUUCGCUGUAAAUGCACAAGCGUUGGUUAUUAGCGGCUGUGCCCUGAUUUUCAGCCUGAUUAGCUUGUUAUGAGAGCAAGUUAUUCUUCAAGUAAAGUUGCAAAACCAUUAAAUAUGAUGGCAGAAAGCUCACUGUGGUGUAAUUCCCUUAGACUUACUAUCAUUUUGAUCCCGUUCAAAUAAAUGUGGACAAACGGUUAAUUUUGCUAGGUUUGACAGCCAAUUAGCAAGCACCAUAACGUCAAGUGUUCAUUUGUGUUGGGAUCUGAGAUCUUGGUACAUGCGGGGUCAAUGGGGGCAGUGCUGGGUGUUUACCAUAGAUGUGUAUGUGUGUAUACUAGAGCAGCGGCUCUCAGUCCUAGUUCUGACGAAGAGCACUUCAGGACCAGGAUUGAGAACAUCUUAUGGUGUGCUAUUAGUGGAUUGAGUUUUAAACCCUGUCCCGCUGAAUCACUCCUCUCCAGGGUUUAGAUUAUCACAGAUCAAAAGGACAGUAUGGCCACCACUGUCGCAGUCAGCCCCAGUGAAUAUCUUCAGCCCUCCACCACCUCUUCUCAAGAUUCACAGCCCUCCCCGCUGGCACUUCUGGCUGCUACCUGCAGUAAGAUCGGGCCUCCGGCCGCACAGGCCCCAGUCAGCACACCACCAUCUCAGCCAGCCACGCGUCGUCUGCACCCUAUCAAGCCCGCCCCUAUUGCCCCGGCUCCACCCAAAAACCUUGGAUUCCUCUCAGCGAAGGGAAAUGUUAUCCAGCUGCCCGCGGGACUUGGUUCGUCAGGGGGCAGCCCUAUUGUCUUCACUAUUCAGAGCCCUUCACGUCCAGCUGGCACAUCCACUGCCAACAUCCAGUACCAAGUGAUUCCUCAGUUCCAGGGGUCUCAGACCAUUCAAAUGAUGCCUCAGGGAGGACAGAUCCAGAUCAUCCCCGGAACCAACCAGGCCAUUAUCACCUCACCUGUCACAGUUCAGACUGCCACACCAGCUCCGCCACCUCUGGCCCCGGCCCCCCAGCACAAGACGGUGGCGAUCAAGCCGUCUUCUCAAAAGCGGCGGCAGAAUAAUGCUAACGUUGUACGGCUCCCCAGUGGACUCACGCUCCCACUCAACGUUAGUACGAGCGAGGUGGGAGGAGCGCAGGUUGUUACGGAGACUGCUGCUGCUCCAGUGAAGGGCAAGAGGGGGAGGAAGAGACAGGUGGCUAUAGCCCCACCCACCCCGACCCAACAACCCCCCUCUCCGCCACCUGUAGCUGAACAGGUUGAAGCCUUGCUAAUAGAGACCACAGCUGACAACAUUAUUCAGGCAGGAAAUAAUCUCCUGAUCGUGCAGAGUCCAGGGGGGAGUCAGCCUGCUGUGGUGCAGCAGGUGCAGUUGGUUCAGCAGAAAUCAGAUCAGCAGGUCGUUCAGAUCCCCUCGCAGGCUCUAAAAGUUGUUCAGGCCGCCUCUGCCACACUUCCCCCUGUACCACAGAGACAGACAGUCACGCCCAGUGUGCAGAUGUCCCCCCCAGAACCCACACAGGUGCUGAUUAAAACAGCCUCAGGUGAAUGGCAGGCUGUACAGCUACAGGAGACAACUGUUACCACGCCAACAACACCCACCAGCACGCCCACACCUGCCGUGGUCACUAAAAAGGCUCAAACAGGGACACGGAAAGAAAGGACUCUCCCUAAGAUCGCCCCGGCUGGAGGGGGGCUGAUAACACUGAAUGCAGCCCAGCUGGCCUCUGCUGCUCAGGCAGUUCAGACCAUCAAUAUUAAUGGUGUCCAGGUGCAGGGUGUUCCUGUGACAAUCACCAACGCUGGGGGCCAGCAGCAUCUCACAGUGCAGACGGUUCCAGGUGCGGGUCUGCAGCUGGGCGGUGUGCAGACACAGACGCAGACCAUGCAGGUGGAACAGACGCAGACACUCGCACUGGAACUGCAGAGUCAGCCAGGAGAGAAAAAGCGGCGCAUGGCCUGCACCUGUCCGAACUGCAAAGAUGCAGAAAAGAGGCCGGGAGAGGUGGGGAAAAGAAAACACAUCUGCCACAUAGCAGGCUGUGAAAAGACCUUUCGAAAGACUUCGCUGCUGCGGGCGCAUGUCCGACUGCACACGGGAGAGAGACCCUUUGUGUGCAGCUGGGUCUUCUGCGGAAAACGAUUCACACGCAGUGACGAGCUGCAACGGCACGCCAGGACACACACGGGAGACAAACGGUUUGAGUGCAAUAAGUGUCAGAAACGUUUCAUGCGGAGUGACCACCUCACAAAGCAUUACAAAACACACAUCAACACAAAGAGCCUGUGAACGUAGUCUUUCACAGGGUUUUAAGAACUUUGAGGGGAAUAAGAGAGAAAAAUGCUGUUCCCAGGGCUUGUGAGAUGGGAGGAAACAGAGGUCAACCCGCCUUCACAUGUACGACGUGGCCCUGGAAGAUCACCUGUUUUGACCAGCCGUUUCAGGGUAAACUACACUCCCGCUGACCACUUUUUUACUUGCCCUCAUCAACAGAGGAACGCUGGCGUACGUAAACCAAUGUGGCACUGUAAAGUGUGGCCCUCAACUGGGACGCCAGUUGUGUUUUGGCUGAUUCCUCUGUAAUAUGGAGCAGAAAAGACGUCUGUCUCAGCACCAACAGACACUCCAGCCAAAAAAAAACGAAACCGCUACUUUUCCCCCUGCACUUACAAUUUCUCACGUUUUUGGUUGUUUUAGCUAAACCAAGCCCCUCACAUGAAGUGUAGCAGCUAAUGGACAGUGUUUCCUGGCUUUUAUUGUGUAAAUGUUUGUUUUCAUACAUACAAACAUACAUUUGUACAAACUAUGGCAAAUUUGAAUACAAAAGCGACGCUUUGGACAAACUCUUUGACCCAGUUAAAUUAUUUUCAGUUGAUUUAAAUUUUUUUUUUAAAGUCUGCUUUGGAAUUUUAAACAGAAGCUUGAAACUUUGUAUAACUUUGGUUGGUUGUUUUUAAUAUUAGUGGAGGUGUGGAAAAGAAAGAUUUUGGCUUUUACAUACUUGUCCAUGUUAGACAAUCAUGUCUUAUAUAGAGGAGAUAAACAGGAGGGUAAAUAUCUUUGGACUUGCUACAUGUUGAAAGGUUGAUCAUCAUAAUAAGGAAUCAUUUAUUUAUUAAAAAAAAGCUGAAAUGGCAUUGAAUGUAUGCAGGUUGUGUCUUUAUUAAAGAUUGCAAAUGUGUCCGUUCAAAAAAAUGUAGAACUCAUGUUUAUGUUCUCGUGUAAAGCAGGAUGAAAUGUCUCACAAAACAGGACGCGAUGUGAUGAAAAUGUGCUUGUUGUUACAUUACACCAAUUCAAAUGUUUUAUUUCAUUGAAGGUACUUGUAAGUCCAUGCUGAUGGAUUUAAUGGUUAGCUAAAUUCAGUCAUUCCAUUUAAGUUCAUCCAAGUUUUUGUCCAAGCUCUCUAAAAGAGGCCUUAAGAAGAAAAAAGUGUGUGCUUAUGUAUGUUUGUAUAGUGUCUGAGUUCACGCUGUUGUAUUUGGGUGUAAAAUGUAGGAUAAUUGUUACACAAACGUGUAUUGGCUAUUGUUGCCAAACAUGAAAGAUGUGGACUGUGUACAGUGUAAAUGAGAAGGAAAAACAAUGUUGUAUAGUUUCAUUCCUAUAAUAUCUAAAACUAAUAGAUUACCCUUUUUAUUGACUAAAAGUUGCCUUAGUCUGCAGCACCCCAUAUUUAAAGAGAUUUGUCUUUUUCCAGGGAACUGCAUUUGUAGACCUGCUUUAUUAUUAUAUAUUUUUUUUUCUUUUAUUUUUUGUCUAACUUAUAAAGUGUGAAGAAAUGCCAAUUUAUGUGCACUGACCAAAUUCAGGGUUUUCACUGAGUGGAUAAUUUAAUUUUUUGGUUCAUGUACCUACAUCUGAUUUGACAGAAUAAAAAGUUCUUUAUCUAUCCUUGAUAAACCCCACAUUUAAAGAGCCCUGGCUUUGAAAAUCGGUAGGUAACCCUGUGUUUGUAUAAAUUGUACUGAGGAGCUUAGACCAGAGAACUCGCUAUCUUUUUCUACAGUCAGACCACCGCUCCCACUCACCCAAUAAAGCAUAACACAAAAC